GUUGCCAACUCAACGAUAUCAACUUUAGACCUUCUUUCAAUGGAAAUGCUUUUAAAUUUAUCCUUUGCAUCUGUGCCGCUCAGAUUGGCCAGACAAAUAGCAGCGUUUGCAUCCCAAAGCUCAAAGGCGAUUUGGGAUCCCACAAACGCUGAUGCGGUGGCAGCGGUUGGGGAGCUAUCCGCACUCAACGCCCUAGAAAAAAUGAAGGCUAGGAUGAUGGCCGACCUUACAGGCCGAGCUAUUCUCCUGAACCAGCCGCUCGUAACUGAUGAGUUACUUGCGGUUGCCGAGAGGCAACCAGGGGGUACAUUUGGACACCGCUACGCCUCCUAUAUGAAUCAUAACAAGUUCAACCCCGAUGCCCGCACUCCAGUCACGUACAUCGCGGAUCCUACUCUUCGGUACAUCAUGACGCGCUACCGUCAGUGCCAUGAUUUUAUGCAUACACUAACGGGUUGCGGGCGAACAGUGGAAGAGGAGUUAGCAGUAAAGAUUCUUGAAUGGCGACAUACUGGACUUCCCUUGGGUUUGCUUUCACUUAUUGGAGGAGGAGUGUAUCUUACCAGCGCGCAGCGCCAAAAUCUGAAGUUUUACUGGGAAUGGGGAAGAGAAAAUGCACCGCGAUGUAUCCAUGGAGAAAAGCAGAUACCUUUUUAUUUAAACAUUGACUGGGAGGAAAUGAUAAGUAAACCCUUCGAUGAGGUCGUGUUUAUCACAGGUAUAACACCGCUGGCUGAAUAUUUGCAGAAACGCCGUGAUUACAACGAACGGGCGGGAAUGCUUAACAAGAUCGAUGGUCUAGUGUAGUAGCCAAAACGAAUAUAUUUUGGGAGUUUCAUGUAACAAA